UCGAUUGACCAGACAACCACCGCACCUUUUUUCCUCCUCAUUUCCCAUCGCCUCCUCUUGCGAAACUUCAAUUUCAAGUCCCUGUCCUUCAUCAAACGUACUCUCCAUCUCCCUUCCGCUUCUCACAUACAAAAUGGGCUUCACCGACCUCGUUUCCAACGCUGGAGCUACCAUGCUCAACAGCUGGUUGACCACCCGCUCCUACAUCACUGGCUAUGCCCCCUCGCAGGCCGAUGUUGCCGUCUUCAAGGCCCUGAGCUCGGCUCCCGACUCUGAGAAGUUCCCCCACGCUUCGCGUUGGUACAACCACAUCGCUACCUUCGAGAGCGAGUUCGCCACCCUCCCUGGCGAUGCCUCCAAGUCUUUCGAGGCCUACGGCCCUGAGGCUGGCGACCUGACCCUCAACCCCGCCAAGGCCCCCGAGAAGGCUGAGGAUGACGACGACGUCGACCUGUUCGGCAGCGACGACGAGGAGGAGGACGCCGAGGCUGUCCGUAUCCGCGAGGAGCGCCUGGCUGCCUACCGCGAGAAGAAGGCUGCCAAGCCCAAGACCAUUGCCAAGUCUGUUGUCACCAUGGACGUCAAGCCCUGGGAUGACGAGACUGACAUGGCCGCCCUGGAGGCUGCUGUCCGUGGCAUCGAGAAGGACGGUCUUGUCUGGGGUGCCUCCAAGCUGGCUGCCGUCGGCUUCGGUAUCAAGAAGCUCCAGAUCAACUUGGUUGUCGAGGAUGAGAAGAUCUCCACCUCUGACCUCCAGGAGGAGAUUGAGGGUUUCGAGGAUUACGUCCAGUCCACCGACGUUGUUGCCAUGCAGAAGCUGUAAGGUAAUCAGCAGUAAUGUUUGCACGUUUUGAUUUAUGAGGCAUGACGGGAUGGAGGAUAUGAUGACGCCACGAAAAGACAUGGGCGUUCUGUUGAGCUUAAAAGGGAUGUCAUCAUGAAAAAGUAUUCCGUAUGACCUCGCUAUGAUAGACCGGCAGCUUUUAAAUGAAACAAAACAAAUCAGUAAAAAGCGAUUGUGUAUCCAGAGAAACACCCCCUUCAACACGCCUGCAAUGACUGGGCUU